AUGGAGCAGCAACCCCAGCCCUCCUCUAACGCGACGACCACGUCGUCCUCGUCGCCGUCGUCGACGUCGCAGCAGCGCCGGGAGCUGCAGGGCCCGCGCCUGGCGCCGCUCAAGGUCCGCAAGGACUCGCACAAGAUCAGGAAGCCCCCGCCGCCGCAGCCAGGAGGAGGAGGAGGACCCGUCCAGCAGGUGCGCCAGCCGGUCAUCAUCUACACGGUGCCGCCCAAGGUCGUGCACGCGGAACCCAGCGAGUUCAUGUCCGUCGUGCAGCGCCUCACGGGCGCGCGCGGCACCACAGCAUCCUCCUCCUCCCUGCCGGUGCCAGUGCCACCGCCACCAGGGGCGACGACGACGGAGCCACAUCAUCAUCAUCAUCAGAUUCAGAUGACGUCGUCUUCGCUCCCGAUCCCAUUCCCGUUCUUGGGCGGCCACCAGUACGUGCACGCGCCGUCGUCGUCAUCGUCGGCACAACUACUCCCGCCGGCGGCGCCGCACUUCCCGUUCCAGCUGCAGCAGCAGCAGCAACAAGCACCCGGCGUGGCAGUGCCGUACGAUCACCUGAUGGUCCAGCUCUCACCCGCGGCACGCCUCGCCACUGAGCAGCAGGCGGCGGCGGCGGCGGCCGCGCGGAGUUCAGGCGGCACUGCCGCGUCUGAUGUCGUUGGAGGAAGCCUGCUGCCGCCGUUCCCGAGCAUCCUGUCUCCAGGGUCGCUCCCGGCGAUCCCGCCGAGCUUCUUCUCACCUCCGACUCCGGCCGGUAACUCGUACCCGGGCAUCAGUCUCUUCGGCGGGCUCAUCAGCCCGGCAUUUCUUGGUAACGAAACCACCGGUGGUGGUAGCAUGAACAUCGCCUCCAUCGCCGGUGCAAGUCAUCAAAGUGUGACGAUGUCGUCGUCGUUACAAGAAGCGUCGCCGUCGCCGUCGACGGUGACUCCAUCUCCAUCUGCCGGUGCGUACUAUUGGGAUCUCUUCAACAACCAGCAGCACUAG